AUGACCCAACCAUAUUCCGAGCCUCUCGUCGGUUUCGCAGGGGAGCGAGUUCAUACUCGUGGUUUCAUUGAAUUGCUAACCUCUUUUGGUACAACUCAGAAUUCAAAGAGAGUGCUGGUGAAAUAUUUGUUAGUUGAUGUCGUCACCUCCUACAAUAUUUUCAUUGGGAGACCAACAUUAAAUCAGUUAGGAGCAAUUGUGUCAACACCCCAUUUGACUAUGAAAUUCCCGGGCACAGACGGACGUAUAAUAACUAUCAAAGCUAAUCAGCAAAUAGCAAGGAGAUGUUAUGCCAAGAGCUUAAGGAUUGCCCCUACCAGUCUUCAACCCGAGAAGUCAAAUUCUUCUGUAGUAGCCCAUCUCGGAACAAGGGAAAUGGCUGACCUGGAUCCCCGAGUUGACAUGCAUGACCACCGACCUAGCCCUGUUGACGAACUAAUUGAAUUCCAGAUUGGAAAAAUGCCAGGACAGUGCACCAAAAUCGGAAAACACAUUGAAGUCGAUCUCCGAGGUAGAAUCAUGUCAAUUCUCACUGAAAAUGCUGAUCUCUUUGCAUGGAGUAGUGCAGAUAUGCCAAGGAUAGAUCCCAACUUUAUUUGCCACAAAUUAGCUAUUUACAAGGAAGCAAAGCCAGUGUCCCAAAAGAAGAGAAAGAUUGGCGGUGAAAGAAGAGAAGUUGUUAAAGUUGAGACUCAAAAACUGUUAAGUGCAGGGUUCAUUAGAGAAAUUAAGUAUACCACUUGGUUAGCCAAUGUCGCGAUGGUUAAAAAGUCCAAUGGCAAGUGGCAUUUUAAUGUACCCCCAGAUGAAGAGUACACUGCAUUUAUCACAGAACAAGCCAACUACUGUUAUCAUGUCAUGCCAUUUGGACUCAAAAAUGCGGGAGCAACAUACCAAAGGCUAAUGGACAAAGUCUUCGCGGAACAAAUUGGCCGUAAUCUGGAGGUUUAUGUUGACGACAUGGUCAUCAAAACGAAGUCAGCCAACGAUCACGUCCGAGAUCUAGAAGAAAUCUUCCAGCAAGUCAGAAGGUAUAACAUGAGACUAAAUCCUGAGAAAUGUGUUUUUGGAGUCCAAGGUGGGAAGUUUUUAGGAUUCAUGAUUACUUGUCGGGGGAUAGAGGCAAAUCCAGAUAAGUGUCAGACAUUGAUUAACAUGAGAAGUCCCCAGAACCACAAAGAGGUACAAAGAUUGGCGGGCAGGCUCGCUUCUCUCUCUCGGUUCAUUCCCAAGAUGGCAGAAAAGGCCAAACCCAUUUUUAACCUGUUAAAGAAACCAAAGAAUUUCGUUUGGGAUGACCGAUGUGAGCAAGCAUUUUCAGACUUCAAAAUAUUUUUAUCUGCACCCCCCAUCCUGACUAAACCUCAGAGUCACGCCGACCUCUUGCUAUACCUCGCCAUGGCCGACAAUGCAAUUAGUGCAGCCCUUAUGCAGAAUGACGGUAAAAAGCAAAUUCCUAUUUACUUUAUUAGCCGUGUUUUGAAAGACACCGAGAAGAGGUACCAAACCAUUGAGAAGUUGGUCCUUGCGCUAGUAACUUCAGCUCGGCGACUUCGGCCCUAUUUUCAAAGUCAUCAGAUUGUGGUAAAAACCGACUAUCCCAUCAAGCAGAUACUUCGAAAGCCUGAUCUCGCAGGUCGGAUGACAGCUUGGUCAAUCGAGCUGUCCGAAUAUGGAAUCAAAUAUGAAAGUCGAGGAGCGCUAAAAGCCCAAUGUCUUGCUGAUUUCAUUGUCGAGCUGACACCCAGCAUUCCUACGGAAGAGCAAUCCUGGAUUUUACAUAUUGAUGGAUCAUCCAAUACAAAAGGUAGUGGUGCAGGUAUUAUUCUUGAGGGUCCUAAUGAGAUGAUGCUUGAACUUGCAAUCAAAUUUGAUUUCAAAGCUACUAAUAACCAAGCCGAAUAUGAGGCUUUGCUUGCAGGUUUGAGAUUGGCCAGAGAUAUCGGUGUCAAAAAGCUUCGAUGUUGUAGUGAUUCCAAGUUGAUCACAGAGCAAGUCGGAGGAAGUUAUCAAACGAAGGAACCACAACUCCAAAAGUAUAACCUUCUAGUAUCUCAUUUGAGUUCUUCCUUUGACAACUUCCAGAUGGAACAUAUCCCAAGGGCCCAAAAUGUUAGAGCUAAUCUGCUGUCAAAACUAGCCAGUACUAAACGUCCCGGACAACACAAAACAAUUAUCCAAGAGACAAUUAGUGCACUUAGCUAUAAUUUUGUAGUAGUGUCAACUAACUACCUCGGUCAACCAAGCUGGAUGUCAAACAUUUGGCAAUAUCUUACAAGCGGUACUUUACUGGAAGAUAAAGCUGAAGCCUCAAAAAUCAAACUCAAAUCUUGUCAUUUCACAAUUGAAGCUGGAGAGUUGUUCAAAAGGGGAUUCUCAGUACCCCUUUUAAAAUGCCUUAACUCGGAUCAAGCUGGGUAUGUAAUGGACGAGAUCCAUCGGGGUAUAUGUGGUAUGCACUCGGGAACUCGGUCCAUGGCUGCUAGGGUGAUCCGAGUUGGCUACUACUGGCCAACUAUGAGAUUAGAUUGUAAAACAUAUGUACAAAAAUGCGAAGCUUGUCAAAAAUUUGGCAACCUACACCAGUUACCUGCAACAGCCCUACACUCCAUGCAAUCAACAUGGCCUUUUGCAUGGUAUGGAAUACCUCAAGCAAUCACCACAGAUAAUGGCAAGCAAUUUGUAGACAAAAUUUUUGAGCAAUUCCUGAUGCAACUCGGCAUCAAACACAAAGUCACCUCAGUAGAACACCCACAAACAAAUGGCCAAGCCGAGGCAACAAAUAAAGUGAUUCUCCGUGAACUUAAGAAGAGGCUAGGAUCUUCCAAAGGAGAAUGGGUUGAAGAGUUACCUAGUGUCCUGUGGGCAUACCAUUGCACACCACAGACCACCACUCAAGAGACUCCCAAUAAGUUGACAUAUGGUUCAGAUGCAAUGAUACCCCUUGAAGUUGGUGAGCCAAGUCACAGAAGAUUAACGUUUACUGAGUCCCAGAACGGAGAACAACUGAGCUUGGACAGAGAUUUACUAGACGAAACAAGGGAACACGCCAGGGUGCAAGAAAAAACAUGUAAACUUUGA